AUGGGAUCAAAAUCCUCACCGUCCGAUACGAUUAAUCUCAAAUUAAUUCUUGUCAGUGGUAAAACAGCUGAAUUUCAAUUUCGACCAACGACAACAGCAUCUGAUGUAGCUAAAUAUGUUUUUCAAAAUUGGCCUGAAGAUUGGGGAAAUGAACAACGAGUUGAUCGUUAUGAAGUAUUAAGAUUAAUAUAUCAAGGAAGAUUUUUACAUGGAAAUGUCACAUUAGGAGCUUUACGUCUCCAACAAGGCAAAACAACUGUGAUGCAUCUAGUUCCACGUGAAAAUUUACCUGAACCAACUGAUGGUGAUCAAAAACGAAAACAUAAGCAUGACAAUAAUCAAGAUCGAGCAGCCGAUCAUACACAAAAUGCUAUGUCAUCCCAUCGAUCAGACACUGCUAGUCCGAAUUCAACAACAACUGGGUGCUGUGAAGGAUUCAUCAAAGAAUUUGAACAAAAUUAUAUUGAACAUUUCAGACAAAACGUUCAUGUUGAAUUAAUGAAUGAAGAAGAAAAAUGUAAACAACAAGAUGCACUAUUUAAACAAUCGGAAAACUUGAAACAACGUGAACAUGCAGCACAACUAAAAUUUAUAGAGUGGUUCGAGCAUCUUGAACAGCAAUAG